AUGAAUACUUUUAGAAGAAAAACUCGUCAAAAAUUGGAAAAUAAUUCUUCAACAAAUAAUAAAGAAGAUUCAUCAAAUUCAAAUGAAAAUAAUCAACCAUCAUAUUCAACAUCAACUUGUUUACCUUAUUUACAAAUUGAAUAUGCUGUAUUUACUGGUUCUCUCGCUCAAUGUAAUAUUGGAGAAUUAAUUCGACAACCAGAAGGUGUUGAUCAAAAUGAAUGGAUUGCUAGUCAUAUUGUUUCUUUUUUUAACCAUAUCACUAUAUUAUAUGGUGCAAUAUCUCAUUUAUGUACAACAUCAACAUGUCCAAUUAUGAUUGGUCCACAAAACAGUUUAUAUUAUUGGAUUGAUGAACGAGGAAAAAAAGUGAAAUAUUCAGCACCACAAUAUAUUGAAUUAAUCAUAACUUUUAUUCAAAAAACUCUUUCGAAUGAAACUAUUUUUCCUACAAGACUUGAUCAUAAAUUUCCUUCAACAUUUUCGAUAAUAAUUCGUAAAAUGGUACGUUUAUUAUUUCAUUGUCUAUCACAUAUAUAUGCUGUUCAUUAUCAUCAAUUAAUACAAUAUGAAUUACAUCCACAUUUAAAUAGUUUAUUUCUUCAUUUUAUAUCAUUUUUAAUUAAAUCUGAUAUAAUUAAUUCGGAUUGUUCAACUGUAAAUACAAAUUCGAAUUCGAAUUCAUUACGAAUAUCUGCUCAAUUUGAAAUACGUGAACUUCGAACAGAACUUGAAUCAUUAUCUCUUCUAUAUCAAUUAUUAGCUAAACAAUGGCAACAUGCUUAUGCUCAAGCAUCGGCACUUAAAAGAAAAGCAUCAAUCACUCACUAA